GGAGAAUCAUGCGUUUGGCAAAUUCUGGCGAUGGAUGGGAGGCGAGAGGAGUGGGAGGUGCGGGUGAGGACUUGGAACGAAUUUCCGACAGCGUAGCGUAUGGAUUUAGAUAAUCAACUUUCGACAAGAGAGAUUGGCGAGGAGUGCAUGGACGAGGACAGGAAGACGGUGCAAGACCGGCAAGGAGAUUUGUGCGCCACGCGACGCGAUGGGCGCCCAUUGUGGUCGGUACUUUGCUGUUGUGUGGAUGCUAGACGCACUUGAUAGAGGUCGAAAGGCUGGCAAGCAGGAAGAU